AUGGCACUAUCAGAAAAGAUCUGGCAACGCAGCGUGAAUCUGCGCACAGAAAUCCCACGCAGACAUCCCCAAUAUCCCGCCAUACCUUUCUUCAAGGCAAACUUCGCACACAGUCCGUAUACGCUCUGGGAUCUCUUCCCAGCGACAUGGACCUGUCCGCACGACAUGCAACGAAUCGGCAAUCUCGGCGACGGCGGUAAGUGGGUUUGCGGCUUGAGCAUCUACGAGACUGAAGGUCUCGUUGUGUACUCCUUCGGCAUCGCCGCCGAUUCAUCAUUCGAAGCGGAAUUGCUCGACCGCGUGCCGAGUAUUCGAAUUUGGGGCUACGACGAUUCCGCCACGUACUGGGGCCCUCAGAUUUCUGGAGAUCUUUUCAACCACCGCGUAUUCUUUGCUCCUUUCCGUCUGGCAUCUGAAGACUCUCAUUCCGGCAAGGCGUCUGCUUGGACCAUCUCAUCGCUGAUGAAGCGGAACGGACACGACUACGUUGACAUUCUCAAGAUCGACAUCGAAGGCAGCGAGUACGGUGUUCUUGACGCUUUGAUCGAGUCCAUCCAGAGUAUACGGACGGCUUCCGGACGUGGUGUCCUACCUAUCGGUCAGAUCCUGAUCGAGCUUCAUGCUGGCAAGGAAGUCGAGGAGGCUACGGGCAAGAGUCUGGACUUUUUGCGCUUUCAAGAAUGGUGGGAGCGCUUGGAGAGUAUGGAUAUGCGGCCUGUUUGGAUGGAGGUCAACUUACUAGGUAUCACUUCUCGCGAGAACAACACGGAUCCGGAUUGCGCCGAGUAUGUCUUCGUGAAUGUCUUGGACGAGCAGAGUGUGCUGUGGAGGUAG